CUGACAGCCUAUGUGGGACUCUCACAGAGCUCAGAUCAAGCCUCUGCCCUGAACUUCUGGAGCGUGGCAGCCAAGUUCACCCACGGAGAUGUGGUCACUCAGCUCAAGUCUCUGGCCCAGAUUGCCACCGAUGUCGGCCUCUGUCGGGCGUGGGUGAGGCUGGCCCUCAAUGACGGACUUAUGGAGAGUUAUCUACACUCCAUGGUGGUGGAUGUGAAGACACUCAAGUGAGUGGACAGUCUGUGCUUGGUGACUGUGUGUGUCAAGCUG